AUGGGUGACUCCCCGAGUCGCCCCGGUAGCAUCCGGGUCCUCCGUACCCGCGGUGGCGGGACCUCACGAAAUUCCUCCGCUCGAUCCUCCGCCGCUUGGGACGACUACUCCUAUCUACACCCGGUCAACUAUGGCGGCAACCACAGUCUACGGUCUACCGGGUCACGCUUCUCUCUUAGCGAUCAGUUCGCUGCCACCCGCCGCGAGUACGAGUUCGGCGACGACGAUGCCUCCUCCAUAAUCGAGCGCAUGACAAACGCCUCCGAAAUGGAUGGCGGCGACGAUAGUACAAUCGCGCUGAGCGACUUCGCCCUACAGGAUGUCGACGGCGUGGAGGGCGACUACUAUGAUCUGAUGUGUCUGCCAAAGGACCCGUCACUCACCCCGGAACAGGUCAGGAAAGCAUACCAUCGCCUGCUGCUCUUCCUGCACAAGGACGGGUUACCGGAGAACCUGCAUGCCGUUGCGCAGCCGUGGUUUGACUCGGUUCAGCGUGGCUUCGAGACAUUGAUCGACCCGCACCGAAGAGCGCUAUAUGAUGCGAGCCAGCUUCGCGACCUGACGCACACGCCAGUUUUUCCGGUCGACGAGGACUACAGAUAUGCGUAUGAUUUGUCGUUAAAGGACCAGUUGAGACAGAGAGCGGCGGACGUGGUGCAAACAUCCUCAGAUCUGGGAAUACGGUUUGAUGCCUCUAGAAUGGCGAGUCAGAGCUCCGCCGUGACGCCGUUGGAUUUUACACUAAGCCACUCGGUUACUGUUGGGCUUCCGGGCCUAGGAAGGUUGGUUGAGAGAUCGAUUCGUCCGAGCCAGCGUAUACCGUCGGCUUCUAAGCGAGUGCCGUCCAUUGCGGUCAAUGAAGGCCUGAUUGAGGUUGACCAGGCGCGGGAGUCUCUGGUAUACUUCCCCCCACCACAAAUCACCUUGACUGGCUCUGUCUACGGUAUCGUCGAGGAGAUUUAUCGGAUCCCAUUACCGCUGUUGGCGGAUCGCUAUCAGCCAUUACUUCCCCUUACAAUACCUCGCAAACGGAUUAUCCAGCUGGCGGAGCAGCGCCCGUGUCCCCUCAUCAGCCUGAAAGUCCGGCAGGACAUCAUCCACAGGACCGCCGAAGACCGCGUCGCUAAGACGAGCAUUGAGGUGGAAAGCGAGGUUCUCCCGGAGUCUUCAUUGACAGCCAGAGUUUCCCACCCGAUACAUGUCGCUAACAGCCCAAACCCAAUCGUUCUUGAGGGGAGCCUGCGGUCGGGACGGCAAUGGCUUCGCGAAUCACCCCGUGUCGGCUUAGGUAUCCACCGCUGGCUCGGCGCCGGAACCGCGUAUGCGUUCGCUGACAGCGGCGACUGGAGCGUAUGGCCUGGUGAGACGAUCAAAUUCCUCACCGAUUUCUCUCAGGUUAGCAAGAGUCAGCUUCUCACCGAAUUUCCAAUGAAGACGUCCGCAAGCUUCGAGGUAGGCUACACGACAUCGCCCGAGCGGGUGCCUUCAGCAGGACACGAGGAUUCCCCGAGGGGUGAAUGUGGCAUUCGCGGUUUGGAUUACGAGAAUAGCAUCAGCAACGACGGCUCAUGGACCGUUUCUGCAUCCCUUACGGCAGACACCAUUGCGGGCUACCUGCGGUACGGCCGCGACUUGCCUUUACCCGGGACCAAACCAACCAGGCUCGAGGUGGAGCUGUGCUCCAAUACCCUCCUCGACCGCUACGUAGCUGUACGGAAUCUUUGGAACAUCGGCCGGUUCUCCAAGCUCGGACUUGAGUUCGGCGUCAGCCUGCACAGCCUACACCUCUCCGUCUACUGGUCGCGUCUCAGCCAGCGGCUAAGUGUGCCCGUCCUCCUUUCACCGCGCGCAGAGUAUAGCCCCUCGGUCUUUUUCUACGCCAGCGUCGUCCCCCUCCUUGCCUUCGCCGCCAAGCACUUCUUCGCCAAACCCAAACGGGCCGCACCAAAAGAUGUUGACUUGCAUGCCUACGUCGCCCGCAAACGCGCCGCGGCAGAUGAAAUCGCCGCUAUUCUUGCUGGUCCCGUCGAGGCUCGCCAGCGUGUGGAACGCCAACGCGGAGGCCUCGUCAUCCUGAGCGCAAAGUUUGGCGUCAAAGAGGGCGUGGAUUGGGCUGCGGAGGAGGUCGCCGACGUCACGCUGGCAGUCGCUGCACUCGUCGAUGACGGAAAGCUGCGUAUUCCGGCGGGUGUGCGCAAGGGCUCGUUGCUGGGCUUCUGGGACCCCGCGCCGCUGAGGCGGAAGGCGCUACACGUGAGAUAUCUAUGGAGAGGCAAGGAGGGCAUCGUUGAGGCAAUGGGGCGGGACGAGCUGGUCCUCCCGCCCGUGAGGAGGGAUGUAUCGUGA